AUGGCAGACGUCCGAUCCCUUCUUCGCAACGAGCUUGCCGCGCGUGGAGCCGCACCCCAGACAGGGAGUACAGGAACUCGACUUACCAAGAAACGAAAGAUCGAAUCCAUCGAUGACGCCGUGCGCAAAAAGUCGCGAGCCGCUGGGCCGAGUCCUGUGACGCCUUCUGCAGAAGCCAAGCCCUCUCAGGCACCCAAAUCAAAUCUGCCAGAGAAUGAGGAGCGAGAACGAGAGGCUCUCGACGAGGAAGAAGCCGGGCCUGAACUUCCUCCCGAGGACGAAGAAGCAGAAGAAGCAGGAAAUGACGUGAGUGGACCGACAGCAGCUCCGUCAGAAGCCCAGGUGCCUGCCUCUUCAGCACUAGCCACGAAUGGUUCUCAAACAAUCGACGAAGACGAAUGGGCUGCCUUCGAACGCGAAGUUGUCGCGCCCACUCGCGUCCCGCAAGUUCCUGAAGCCGCUAUGGCACCUGCCACGAUUUCCGCCGCGCCCGUUUCUGCAAAGGAACUGGAGGAACGACAACGCAAAGAGAAAGAAGAACUCGCCAGGGCCCGAGAGGCGGACGUUGAGGGAGAGAAAGAGGACGCUGCGCGUCAUCUCGAGGAGGAAUUCGAUGAGAUGGAGCAGUUGGAAGAGCGAGUGAAGCGAUUGAAGGAGAAGCGUGAGGAGAUCAGAAAACGACAAUUGGAGGAGGAUCAGCACGUCGAUAUCGAUGCGGCUGCCCCAGAAGAAGAAGAAUCGACAGAAACCAAGCAGCAGAAUGAGGAGAGCGAAGAGGAAGAGGAAGAUGAGGACUGGGAUGACUGGAGGUUCCGAUAG